UUGCAGGAUGAAGUGCUGACAAUAUCUGAAAAGGUUGUGGUGCGUGUUCAUGAUCUCGUUACGUGGUUAUCGCCUGCAUUGGAAUGGUCAUGGGGUCGGGAAGUAUCUUACCCACCGACCCCAACGUCGUCUCCGGAGAAUAGCCCGUUAAGGUAUGAGAUACCUCAACCGCAGGUGCUCACCGAUCCUGGCAUUGAUUUUUCGGACGUCGAUAAGCAACAGAAGGAGUACGAAAGCAAUCACAACACGCGAAAAUCGGACUAUAGUUCUCAAACGAAAGUGGUGGUGCUCUCGUAUCCCAGGUAUUGCCGAUAUCGAGCACUCUUACGUAGGCUCGAAGGCGCCGAACCGUCCUGGCUUUGCUCAUCCAUAGCAGCCGCACUGGGUGGAUUCACCGCCACACCGAGGAUACUCUUCUGUAGAGAUACCUUUGACUAUCCGGAUCUUGAAACUCACGAACUCCUCUGCAAUCAUUUAGCACCAAAAUUGAAAGGAAGGCCGAGGAGGAAACGUAAAAAGCGCAGCGCAUCGCCCGGUGAAUCGAGUAAUGAAAGUGAAGCUUCCGUUGCAUCCACGUCGAAAAGUGCCCCAGCGAGUUCGAACGUUAUGAUACCGAGCGUUGGUAGACCACCUUCGUCGGUAGUACGGCGAAGCGAGCGGAAGACCAGCGCGGAGGAAAAGAAAUUCAUAACGGACGUGCAGAAUUUCAUGAACUCGCGGGGUACGCCUGUCGGAAAGAUGCCACUGCUGGGCUACAGGCAGAUCGAUCUCUUCCUGUUUUAUACGAAAGUGCAAAUGCUUGGUGGUUAUGAUUCCGUCAGCGCUGGUCGACUGUGGAAGAAUAUCUACGACGAUAUAGGUGGUAAUACAGGAUCUACCAGCGCAGCGACUAUCACUCGACGGCAUUACGAAAGGUUAUUGUUACCAUAUGAGAGGUAUCAAAGAGGUGAAGAAGAAAAAAUUAGACUGACACACGGAAGACGAAGUAAAAGUAGCAGUGUAUCCGAAGAAUCCGAGGACAUUAAGCAAGAAACGAACGAUUCAUAUCCAUCGGAUACGCCUCCCCCUGUAGAAACGAGUCUUACCACUACAAGCCCUCCUUUACAAUCAAUCGUAUCGACAGCGCCGUUCCUGUCGAAUGAAAAACCCAAAACAGAGACUGGAAAGACAUCGUCUCUACGUAGUGUAAGAGUGAAACCAGAACGUCUGAAAUCAUUAAAUACCAUGAUUGCCAAUAGUACACCAUCACCCAGCCAGCAAACCAGCCAACUGCCAAGUCCACCACCUUCUUCUAAUACAUCAAUUUCAACGCCGAGUAGUACACCUUCUACCACACCCACGAAUGGUACUGGAAGUCAAAGCGUGUUAGAGAGGCAGCUAAACAGCCCUCUUAUAUCGCAACAAGUUCCACCGUCGUGUUCGCCACCUGGUCUUCCGGUAACCACAGUGGUGACGAAUGCCUCUACGGUUGUUACGUUGACGCCGCCGCCCGAGAAGGAUAUGAAAGAGAUCAAAUUAGAUCCCAAGCAAACCAGCUUGUUGGCGCAGGGCAAGGAGAACAUCCCGUUGUUCGGUGAAAAGUCAAUUUUUGCGGAGAAGGCAAUAGUGCCUCCCAGAUCGCCUGAGGUGAUCGAUCUUGAAACGGAAAGCGACACGAGUAGGGAUAAAAUAAUCAUUCCCAGCUUCAAGAAGCGCAAACUCGAAAUACUCCGCGAAGGUGGACUCGAGGUCACUGCCGUUGACUUGGAUACGCGACCGAGCGUUAUUCAAAACAAUUCUCCUGCGCCAGCAACGAUGAAAUCGGAAGAAAAGCCACCGAUAUCGUAUCCUCUUCCAGUCACACCCAAUUCCAUUCCCAAAUUGAUUUCCGUUACUGUGACACCUGACAUAGGGCAUAUGUUAACAUCCCCUCAAGAACAUCAGCAGCAUCAUCAUCAAGCACGGUUACCAACGCCGACAAAACAACAUCCUGCUCACUACAAUAAUAACAACAACAUCACAAUGAACAACAAUAAUAUGGUGAACAGUCGUGUAAUAAAUCUUGGCACUUCUAACAACGCCGCGUUGCUACAAUUGUACGCAAACGCCAACGUCCCACCACCGGCGUCGUCGGGGUUGCAUCAAGCAAAUCAUCGUUUCGUGCCGCCAACUGUUCCUAACGGUAGGAUAUUUCCGCCCAAGGUGACACAGUCGAGGUCGAUAUUCGCACACAACGAAAAGACGGUUUAUGGAGAUCCAAAAGAAAUUCCUAUCCCUCCAAAAUAUCGUCCCUCGCUGCAUCGUUUGCAGCCGCAUCCGAUGUAUAGUAAUAACGAUCCCGUUUACGGCGGGGUUCUCGACUUAACGCAAAAAUCUAACAAGCCGACGUACCCGAGGCCGAGCUUAGAAAUAGUGAAAGUACCUGUAGUGCCGAGGCCUAAUCCAUUAAACUUGGAGAUGAGGAACUCGUCCACGCUUAAAGAAAAACCAACAGAUUGUUCGAAACGAAGUACCUUCCCUGGUUAUCAGAAUGUACUCGACAGUCGAACCAUGGCUUCGAAUAAUUUAGAAAUUACAAUCGUAAAUCCUAAGCAAAAGAGUAAUCACCUAUGUACAUCGGCUCCUGUCCGCGUACCGAGUCCAUCUAGAAAUAAUUCAAUACCUAUGCAAAGAAGACAGCAAUUGAACGGCAAGUAUAUGACAAGGAGUGAACCAAUUUCACCUUAUACACCUAGGAAACCGAGUCAUCCUGUUAUACCGAAUGUACCUAAUCUAAAUCAUCUAAAUAGUGGAAAUUAUACUAGGAUGGCUACGAUCCAACAACAAAAUACGAUCGAUAGGAGAAAAAACUUAGAGAUAGGCGGUAAGGAGCAGCAUCACCAGCAUCAACAUCAUCAGCAUCACCAACACCAGCAGCAUCAUCUUCAUCAACAGCAACAUUUACAUCCUCAUCCUCAUCCUCAUCAACAUCAACAGCAUCAGCAUCAGCAACAACAGCAUCAACAGCAUCAACAGCAUCAACAACAUCAACAACAUCAGCACCAACAUCACCAACAUCAGCAGCAACAGCGUCGAAUCAGCGAGGGCGAUAAAUCAUUAAUCGCUCAACAACAUCAGCAGCAGCACCAGCAGCAGCAGCAGCAACAACAGCAGCAGCAGCAGCAGCAGCAACAGCAACAACAGCAACAACAACAGGAACCAAGGCAAACCGAAGCUGGAAGAAGACACAGUGUUCCAAGUAUACCUUCUGGUUUCGUACCUGCAGUGCCGCAAAACAAUCCAGCUUACCUUCCGCAACUGCCAAAUACGCCCGGCAAGUUCCUACCGAUUUUAGACCCCAUGUACUAUUCCGCAUUCUAUAAUGGUUUAUUCCCCCCGCCGAUUCCGCCCACGGCUGCAACGUCGUUUUUACCGCCGGAAUUUAGUGCAUACUAUAAAGAAUUACUUGCUUCCUCGCAACCAAGACUGGGGAUGGCGGGGCAGCACCAGCCGGCUGCUCCAACGUCUAAGUAGGCAAAAUGGGAUCUCAUGUAGGGUUUCCGAUGUGUAGCGAACGUCGGUUUCAUUUCUAAGGACAAA